AAUAAAACUCUUCCGUUUAUCAAAACAGGACCGAGUUCCACCAGUUUCCCUCGGAAUUGAGAUCUCACAGUGGUUUUAACACGCAAAUCUAAUCGUUAUGCGGCUCACACAACACUAUUACAGCUAGCUUUGAACCGCACUCACUUUUACACCGCAUUUCGUCAUCAAACAUGGAGAAAUUUGAAGGCUACAUCUUCACUGCUCUCUGCAGCACCAACUUUUUGAUAUCCUGCCUGCUGUUCUCCAGAGUCACUCGGGAGCAAAGAGAGCCGUACAUGGACGAGAUUUUUCACGUACCACAAGCUCAGAAAUACUGCCAUGGAAAAUUCAACGAGUGGGACCCGAUGAUCACCACUCUCCCAGGCCUCUACCUUGUCUCUGUGGGAGUCAUCAAGCCCGUGGUGUGGCUCGCUGACCUGACGGGCGCGGUGGUGUGUUCCACCGCCAUGCUGCGCUUCGUCAACCUUCUGUUCAACUGCGGCAACCUUUACCUGCUCUAUCUGCUCAUCUGCAAACUGCACCUCAGGGAGAAGACACGAACAACCUCACGCCGAGUCCUCUCAGCGCUGUCUCUGUCCACCUUCCCUGUGCUCUAUUUCUUCAACUUCCUGUACUAUACCGACGCCGGAUCUACUUUCUUCAUCCUCUUCACCUACCUCAUGACGCUCUACGGCUGCCACAAGGCGUCAGCGUUCCUCGGCGUCUGCUCCGUGCUCUUCCGCCAGACCAACAUCAUCUGGGUGGCCUUCUGCGCGGGCACGUUGGUGGCUGCCAAAAUGGACGAGGCCUGGAGGGCGGAGCAUACCAAAAAAAGGGAUGAGAAGUCUCCUCCAUCGCAGGUCCCUCUGUCGUUCAGUGGAGCUAAGAAGGUGAUGCUUUUCACGCUGGACUUUCUCACCUCGCCCAGUCACGUGAAGGCGGUGCUGCUGGUGGCCUGGCCUUACGCGGCGGUCGGCGUGGGGUUCCUGGUGUUCGUGGUGCUGAAUGAUGGGAUAGUGGUGGGUGACAGGACGAGCCACGAGGCCUGCCUCAACUUCCCCCAGCUCUUCUAUUUCUUCUCCUUCACCCUCUUCUUCUCCCUGCCUGUCUCGCUGUGUUACCACCGCAUUCUUCGCUUCCUGCAGGCUCUGAAAAAACAGCCGCUGUUCUUCCUCUUCAUCACUGGCGUCUCGUUGCUGCUGGUGUGGAAGUUCACCUUCGUCCACAGGUACCUCCUGGCAGACAACCGCCACUUCCCCUUCUACGUGUGGAAGAGGCUCUUCCAGCGGCACGAGCUGGUGCGCUUCCUCCUCGUCCCGGCGUACGUGUUUGCUGGCUGGAGUUUUCUGGACUCCUUCAAGUCGCGCUCACUGUUCUGGAGUUUGGCGUUCCUGGCGUGCCUCCUGGCUGCCACUGUGCCCCAGAAGCUGCUGGAGUUCAGAUACUUCAUCGUUCCCUACCUGAUGUACCGCCUGCACAUGCCUCUCCCCUCCCUUCCCAGACUCGUCGUGGAGUUUCUUCUGUACACGGCCGUCAAUGCUGCCACACUUUACAUCUUCAUCAGUAAGACCUUCCGGUGGCCUGACAGCACAGCCACGCAGAGGUUCAUGUGGUGAACAAAAGCGAAACGUCUCUGAUUUUAGGAGCUCAGACUGAAAACAGGACGUCGGUAUCGAAAGAUUUGCUCAGAGGACCUCAUCUCAGAAAUCAGAGGAAAUGGAAUCCUCUGAAUGGAUCGCGGGUAAAAUAACUGUUGACACGAGCUGUAAAUGUGAUUUAAAGAGACCAAAAAUGACAGCCAUAUUGUAAAUUUGGGGAUUUUUAUUGUAUGGGAUGUUUUUGUAAUGACUGAGCUUUUUGCUUUUUGAUGGACGCGUUUGACCCACAGACAACUUUAUAAUUAUGGGACUAAACUGAAGGUAUACAUGUUGUGAGUUUUUUGUUUUUUCACUUUGACCAAGCCAUAAGGAUCCACUGGAGGUCAUUCAGAAAUGUGUUCGUUCAUUGUGAAUUUAAAUGUGUUUUGUUUGUCAUUAAGUUUUUGCACUCAGUGGUUUAAUUGUAAUAGAUGAUGUAAUCUCUCCUGCUGUGUGUUUCCCCCAUUGUGCCUGAUGUGUUUGUGUGUUUUUAUUUCAGCUAUUUUUCUAUGUAGAUACAUACUUUGACAGGAUGUGAUAACAAAGUUGACUUUGUCCGAUUUAUUCCAACAAACUGUAAUGUCUGAUGACAGAUAUUUUUCAUCAUAAAGUCCCUGUUCAUUGGAAUCGCUCUGUUACUGUGUCUGUGUUUACUCAUUUGACAUCCAUCCAGCUGUUUUCUGCUCCCCUGCUGAUACAAUCCUCUGUACACCUUUGAAUAAAACGACUCAUGCAACAUCAAGUCUAUUCAAGUUUAUUUG